GAGUAUGGACACAAACUGCCCUUUAUGCUGGAACAUUAUGGCAAUCAAUGGGAUACAAAGAUAAAUUAUCUGCACAAACUCUAAUUUCCCAAAUUAUCAAAUUUAGAGAAAAACAAUUCCCGUACAAAAUCGGAUAUAAUAUGGUGGUUUUAGUUGUUAACGAUAUUGUAGAUUUGAAUCACCGAAUGUUUAAUCAAGCAGAUAAUCAAUAUACUUCUAACGAAGAAAAUAAUAAUUUAGAUAUUGCUAUGAAUGACGAUCAUGAAUUUAAUUUAGAAGAGUUGAUUCAUGAUCAGGAUAUUAAAUAG